UUUUUCAUCAACCGCUUCGAUAUUCAAUUAUGUGGCCACCGUUGAUGCGUUGUCAGACUUCCGCCAAAUCCGUGUCAUAGCCCCGGAUUUCCUUAUACAUAUUUAUCACACCAAGGUCAUGGUCCUCGUGGAUCUGAGCUUCAAGCGGAAGGUGAGAAACAUUUGAGGCCAGACCUAUCAGUCUUAAGGUUCUCUCUUCACAGGUCUCACUCUCAGCUAUACAUGGAGGAACCAGGGGAAGCAGCAAGCCUUGGUAGCUCUCUGUUGGUCCCUUCUGUUCAGGAGCUGGCAAAGGACUCACUCACCACUGUCCCACCACGAUACCUGCGUCCUGAACAAGACCCUCCAUUCUCAUCCCAGAGUACUUCUCAAACUCCUUUACCUCAUAUCCCCGUCAUCGACUUCCACUGCUUGCUUUCCGGAGAUGGCAUGGAGUCAGAACUGGAGAAGUUGCACGAUGCCUGCAAGGAAUGGGGUUUCUUCCAGUUGAAAAAUCAUGGAGUCAGCAGUAGUUUGAUGGAGAAAGUAAAGGCAGAAAUACAAGAAUUCUUCAAUCUCCCAAUGGAAGAGAAGAGAAAGUUCUGGCAACAACCGGGACAAAUAGAGGGAUUUGGACAGGCAUUUGUUGUCUCUGAGGAGCAGAAACUUGACUGGGCAGACCUCUUCUUCAUGGUCACUCUUCCACCCCAUUUGAGGAAACCACACUUAUUCCCUAAGUUACCUCUCCCAUUCAGGGAUACCUUGGAAGUUUACGCAGUUGAACUGAGAAAUCUUGCCAUGGCAAUACUUGGCUUCAUGGCAAAAGCUCUAAAAAUGGAAGCUAAAGCUAUGAAAGCACUUUUUGAAGAAGGGCUUCAGUCCAUGAGGAUGAAUUAUUAUCCCCCAUGUCCACAACCUGACCAAGUCAUUGGCCUAACCCCUCAUUCGGAUUCGGUGGGUCUCACCCUACUCCUACAAGUCAAUGAAAUGGAAGGCCUCCAGGUAAGGAAGAAUGGGAUCUGGAUUCCUAUUAAGGCCCUUCCUGAUGCUUUUGUUGUCAACAUCGGAGACAUUUUGGAGAUUGUGACAAAUGGUAAUUAUCGGAGCAUCGAGCAUCGUGCGGUUGUCAACUCCGUCAAGGAGAGGCUCUCGAUCGCCACAUUUUACAGCCCAAAACUCGAAGGGGAUAUUGGUCCGGCGCCUAGCCUUGUCACUCCACAUUCUCCGGCUCUCUUCAAAAAUGUGAGUGUUGCAGAUUACAUAAAGGGAGUAUUUUCACGCGAACUCCAUGGAAGAUCAUACCUUGACGUCCUGAAGAUUGACAGUGAAGCAGAAAGCAAUUGAGAUCAUACCUCGAAGGUAUCUGUAUGCUAUGUAAAAGAAAAUAAACUUGGACGUAGAAUUAAGACCUUUAAUUCAUAUAUAAAGUUUGAGAAUGAUAUAAGAGUAUUAGUAAAGG